AUGCUCUUUCUACCACUGUUGGCGUUGGCCGUGAGCGCGAGCGCUCAAGAUCAAAACAACAUCUUUCUAACCCCACCGACUAAUGGAAUCGACAACGACUUUACGCAAAAUCCCACUUAUGUCCAGGGCUCUAAGCUCACUAUCCAGUGGAAGACGACGUACCCGGCCACCGACUUGGCGAUCUGGCAGAAUGGGAACCCAAACGCUCAAUUCCUACAGAGUAAGGAUGUUCAAUUGGACUCCAGCACCGAAUCCCUGCGGUAUGCUAACAAGUUCAAUAUAGCGGGCAUCACGGGAACAAGUCUCGAAUGGACUGUCGGGACUGGGGAAAACCCGCCCUUCGACCUGACCAAGGGAAACGUCUUUUUCUUUCAAAUGUACAACUCGUCCACGACAACCUUUUUCAGCAGCCAUUACUUCAACGUCAGCGAUCCGUCACUGGCCUCAGCUACAUCCACUGCUCCCUCCAGCACCACUUCACCGCCCAGGUCCGCUUCAACAGGCACGUCGACUGCGUCGGACAGUUCAUCCAAGACCACCGCCGCAACCACUUCGGCAGCGACGACCACGCCUACUUCUUUAUCCGCAGAUUCGGCCUCUGACCACAGCAGCAGCAGCAGCAGCAGCAGCAGCAACAGUAAGCUAGGAGAAGGUCUAGGAAUCGGCAUCGGCCUGUGCGUGUUCAUCAUCCUGGUUGCCGGGCUGGUCUGGUACUUCCUCCGACGGCGCUCCAGAUCACCACAGCUGAAAACGAUCGACCCGCCAUAUCAUCAGGCACCGCACCGGCCAGAGACGGCCUCCGUCUAUCCCGGCGAGAUGCCUGCGCACGCGCAAUACAGGAGGUACGAGCUCGGCACGGCCGCGCCUUCGACGCAUGUAGAGCUCGAUGGCGGCGGCGGCGCAAAAGCCGUAUAA